AUGGGCGUACCGGAGGAUUUCGACGACAGAAAAACACAAACCGAUACUGAGGCCGAGUCAUACCAUCCAUAUGACUAUCAGACCGAAAACAAUGGCUCAUGGGCUGGCGCCCUGCCGGUGAAGCAAGGACUGUAUGAUCCAGACCUGGAGAAGGAUGCUUGCGGUGUCGGCUUUGCUUGCCACAUCAAGGGCAAACCGAGCCACAAAAUCGUCAGCGAUGCUCGAAACCUCCUUUGCAACAUGACCCACCGCGGAGCAGUUGGAUCUGAUGCUCGAGAUGGCGAUGGUGCAGGUGUGAUGACAUCAAUCCCUCACAAGUUCUUCAUCAAGAACUUCGAACGAGAGGUCAACAUUAAACUGCCUCCUCUGGGUCAAUAUGCCGUGGGAAAUCUCUUCUUUAAGCCGGAUGAGGAGACUUUGCAGGAAUCGAAGAGGCAGUUGGAAGAUAUUGCCGAAUCAUUGGGACUGAGAGUUUUAGGCUGGCGAGAACCUCCUGUAGACUCUACACUCCUUGGCCCUGCUGCACGCUCCCGUGAGCCAACUAUUUUGCAACCAUUCGUGGUGCUUACAUCUGCCUACGGCUCUGGGGAUGCUCCUGAAAUGACGGAUCCCGAGACGUUUGACGACAGACACUUCGAACGGCAACUCUACGUGCUUCGUAAGCGUGCCACUCACACCAUCGGCCUUCACAAUUGGUUCUAUCUGUGCUCCUUGUCCAACAAGAAUAUUGUCUACAAAGGACAGCUUGCCCCCGUUCAAGUCUACCAGUAUUAUCAUGAUUUGGUUAAUGCCGACUACCAGGCUCACUUUGCUUUGGUACACUCUCGUUUCUCUACCAACACUUUCCCUUCCUGGGAUCGUGCCCAACCGCUCCGAUGGGCUGCGCACAACGGUGAAAUCAACACGCUUCGCGGCAACAAGAACUGGAUGCGCGCCCGAGAGGGUGUCAUGCAGUCUGACGUAUUCGGUGACGAGCUGGAGCACCUGUACCCCAUCGUUGAAGAUGGAGGCUCCGACUCGGCAGCUUUCGACAAUGUGUUGGAACUUCUCACCAUUAACGGAGUUCUCUCCCUUCCAGAAGCUGUUAUGCUAAUGGUCCCCGAGGCAUGGCAAGGAAACACGGCUAUGGACCCCAAGAAGGCAGCGUUCUACGAAUGGGCCGCUUGCCAAAUGGAACCCUGGGAUGGCCCCGCCCUCUUCACUUUCGCUGAUGGCCGUUUCUGCGGUGCCAAUCUUGACCGAAACGGUCUGCGCCCUUGCCGGUACUACGUUAUGGACGACGAUCGCAUCAUUUGCGCGUCUGAGGUCGGCACUAUCCCUGUGGAGCCGGAGAGCGUCGUUCAGAAGGGACGUCUUCAACCCGGUCGCAUGCUGCUUGUUGAUACCCAAGCUGGACGUAUCAUCGACGAUUCCGAGCUCAAGGCGGCAGUUUCGAGCCGCCACGACUUCCGCUUAUGGCUUGACAACCAGCUUCUCAGCAUGCCCAAGAUCCUCAGCCAGAUCACCGAGUCCGGAAUCGACUGUGCCCCAACGCCCGAUUCGACUUUGCUCCAAGAAGACCCCUUAUUGCUAGCAUUCGGUUACACUCACGAGCAAGUGAGCUUGCUGCUCGCUCCAAUGGCUUCGGAUGAGAAGGAAGCUCUUGGGUCCAUGGGCAACGAUGCCCCUCUUGCGUGCCUCUCCAACGCACCACGCCUGUUGCCCGAGUACUUCCGACAACUCUUCGCUCAGGUCACCAACCCUCCCAUCGAUCCCAUUCGCGAGUCCAUCGUCAUGUCUCUUGAAUGCUACAUUGGACCACAGGGCAACCUGCUCGAGAUGGACCCGUCUCAAUGUGGUCGCCUUCUUCUCCCCAGCCCCAUUUUGUCUAUCCCAGAAUUCAAGGCACUCAACAACGUGCCAAACAUCAACCCUGAGUGGACAGUGAAGACGAUCGAUCUCACGUUUCCCAAGUCUGAGGGUGUUGCCGGCUACUUGAAGCACCUCGACUACAUCUGCGACGAGGCCACUGCCGCUAUUGAGGGCAGGGACAGGAUCAUCGUUUUGUCUGACCGUAAGACUUCUGCUCAUCGUGUGUCUGUCUCUACUCUUCUUGCGUCUGGCAUGGUCCACCACCACUUAGUCAGCAACAAGUGGCGUUCUAUGGCAGCCAUUGUGGUUGAGACUGCUGAGGCCCGUGAAGUGCAUCAUAUGUGUGUCUUGCUGGGUUACGGAGCCGACGCCAUCAACCCGUACCUCUCCAUGGAGUGUAUCCUAAAGCUCAACCGAGAAGGUCUCAUUCGCAAGAAACUCUCCGAUGAUGCUUUGAUCGCCAACUACAAGCACUCUUGCGAUGGUGGUAUUCUUAAAGUCAUGAGCAAGAUGGGUAUCUCGACCUUGGCGUCGUACAAGGGUGCCCAGAUUUUCGAAGCACUUGGUGUCGACGACGAAGUUGUCGAGCGAUGUUUCCGAGGCACAGCCUCGCGAAUCAAGGGUAUCACCUUCGAAGCCAUUGCCGAAGACGCAUUCCGCUUCCACGAGCGAGGUUUUCCCUCCCGUUACACCGUCAGUGUCACUGGUCUUCCGGAGUCUGGCGAGUACCAUUGGCGUGAUGGUGGCGAGGCGCACAUCAACGACCCCACGUCGAUUGCGAACAUUCAGGACGCCGUGCGAAACAAGAAUGACAAGUCGUACGAGGCCUACUCGCGUUCCGAGUACGAGCAGAUCAAGAACUGCACGCUUCGCGGUAUGCUUGACUUCAAGUUCGAGGAGUGCAACGCGAUCCCCAUCGAUCAGGUUGAACCGUGGACGGAAAUUGUCCGGCGCUUCUGCACAGGUGCCAUGUCGUAUGGUUCUAUCUCGAUGGAAUCUCACUCGACACUUGCCGUUGCCAUGAACCGUUUGGGUGGCAAAUCCAACACUGGUGAAGGAGGUGAGGAUCCCGAGAGAUCCCAGGUCAUGCCCAACGGUGAUACCAUGAGAUCCGCUAUCAAGCAGGUCGCUUCCGGUCGUUUCGGUGUCACGUCCGCAUACCUCGCCGACUCGGAUGAGCUUCAGAUCAAGAUGGCCCAAGGUGCCAAGCCCGGUGAGGGUGGUGAGCUGCCCGGCCACAAGGUGUCCAAGUCUAUUGCCAGAACCCGCCACUCUACGCCUGGUGUUGGUCUCAUCUCACCACCUCCCCACCAUGACAUCUACUCCAUAGAGGACUUGAAGCAGCUCAUUUAUGAUCUCAAGUGCUCGAGCCCCCGGUCUCGUGUUUCCGUCAAGCUGGUGUCUGAGACCGGUGUGGGUAUCGUUGCCUCGGGUGUCGCCAAGGCCAAGGCUGAUCACAUCUUGAUCUCUGGUCACGAUGGUGGUACCGGUGCUUCCCGAUGGACGGGUAUCAAGUACGCCGGUCUCCCAUGGGAGCUGGGUCUUGCUGAGACCCAUCAAACGCUUGUGCUGAACGAUCUCCGUGGCCGUGUUGUCGUCCAGACCGACGGUCAACUCCGCACUGGUCGUGAUGUUGCCAUCGCCUGUUUGCUCGGUGCUGAGGAGUGGGGAUUUGCUACUACGCCACUGAUCGCUAUGGGCUGUAUCAUGAUGAGGAAGUGUCAUCUGAACACAUGCCCAGUUGGUAUCGCCACCCAAGAUCCCGAACUGCGCAAGAAGUUCAUUGGUACCCCUGAGAACGUCAUCAACUUCUUUUAUUACGUCGCCAAUGAACUGCGAGCCAUCAUGGCUCAGCUUGGUUUCCGAACCAUCAAUGAAAUGGUUGGCCACGUGGAGGUGCUCAAGGUCAAGGAAGAGCUGCGUACCAAGAAGACAGCCAAUAUCGACCUCUCCCUCAUCCUGACUCCCGCACACAAAUUACGGCCUGGCGUCGCCACCUUCAACGUCCGCAAGCAAGACCAUCGCCUCUAUGUCCGCCUGGACAACAAGCUCAUCUCCGAGGCCGAAUUGACGCUGGAUAAGGGACUGCCGUCCCGAAUCGAGUGUGAUAUCGUCAAUACUGAUCGCGCCAUGGGAACCUCCCUUUCUUACCAGAUCUCUAAGCGAUACGGUGAGGCUGGACUUCCUCAGGAUACUGUCCAUGUGAACAUCAAGGGCUCCGCAGGCCAGUCUUUCGGUGCCUUCCUGGCACCUGGUAUCACAUUGGAACUGGAAGGUGACGCCAACGACUAUGUCGGCAAGGGUUUGUCUGGUGGUCGUUUGAUCAUUUAUCCUCCUCGAUCGGCCGUAUUCAAGGCCGAGGAGAAUAUCUUGAUCGGCAACACGUGCUUGUACGGCGCUACCAACGGAGCAUGCUUCUUCCGGGGUAUUGCUGCUGAACGCUUCGCGGUCCGAAACUCGGGUGCCACCGCCGUCGUCGAGGGUGUUGGUGACCACGGCUGUGAGUACAUGACGGGUGGUCGCGUCCUAGUUCUCGGCAGCACCGGUCGCAACUUUGCGGCUGGUAUGUCGGGUGGUAUCGCCUACGUGCUCGAUAUUCAUGGAGACUUCAUUAACAAACUCAACAUGGAGAUGGUGGAGGCAUCUGAAAUCACGGAUCCUACCGAGGUUGCUUUCGUGCGCGGCCUGAUCGAGGACCACCACCACUACACAGGGUCUGAGCUUGCUGCACGCAUCCUGAUCGACUUUAACAGAGCUCUGCCACGGUUCGUCAAGGUGUUACCUGUUGACUACAAGCGAGUGCUUGAGGAGGAAGCAGCCAAGGCAGCCGAGGCCAAGCGUUCUGAGUACAACCUCCCCAUCGUUUCGGGCGUCCACCACAAGAAGGAGAAGCCCGCCAAGCUCCUGGACAUGGAGGAGGCAAUUGGGGACAACGACGCAGAAAAGAAGCGAGCUCUCGUUCUGGACAAAACCAAGGGAUUCAUGAAGUAUCAGCGCCGUGCCGAGAAGUACAGAAGCACCAAGACACGUACAAAGGACUGGCAAGAGCUUUCAGCCCGCCUGGACGAAGAUGAGCUCAAGUACCAGUCGGCACGAUGCAUGGACUGCGGCGUACCUUUCUGCCAGUCCGAGACGGGGUGCCCCAUCUCCAACAUUAUCCCCAAGUGGAACGAGCUCGUUUUCCAGAACCAGUGGAAGGAUGCUCUGAACCGUCUCCUUAUGACCAACAACUUCCCCGAGUUCACCGGCCGUGUCUGCCCCGCCCCUUGUGAGGGCGCUUGUGUGCUUGGCAUCAACGAAGACCCUGUCGGUAUCAAGUCCAUUGAGUGUGCCAUCAUUGAUCGUGGCUUUGAGAAGGGUUGGAUGGUUCCUCAGCCGCCCCAGGUGCGAACUGGCAAGACGGUGGCCAUUGUCGGAUCUGGUCCCGCCGGUCUUGCCUGCGCCGACCAGCUCAAUAAGGCCGGUCACAGCGUCACUGUUUACGAGCGUGCCGAUCGACUGGGUGGUCUGCUCAUGUACGGCAUCCCCAACAUGAAACUGGACAAGCGCAUUGUCAAGCGGCGAACCGACUUCAUGGCUGCCGAGGGUAUCGCUUUCAAGACGGGCGUUGCUAUCGGCGAAGACGUUGGCUUGAUGGAUCUCAAGGCUCAGAACGAUGCGGUCGUCAUUGCGACCGGUGCCACCGUGGCUCGAGACCUUCCCAUCAAGGGCCGCAACCUCGAAGGCAUCCACUACGCUAUGGAGUUUUUGCACAAGAACACCAAGUCUCUGCUCGACUCGGAGCUGCAGGAUGGUGCUUACCUUUCCGCCAAAGACAAGAACGUCAUUGUCAUCGGAGGUGGUGACACGGGCAACGACUGCAUUGGUACUUCGGUUCGCCACGGUGCCAAGUCUGUCAUUAACUUCGAGCUCCUGCCUCAGCCCCCUCCCCAGCGUGGCCGUGACAACCCCUGGCCGCAGUGGCCUCGCAUCUACCGUGUCGAUUACGGUCACAACGAGGUCAAACAACACAUGGGCAAGGACCCCCGCGAGUACUGCAUCAUGUCGGAGGAGUUUGUCGACGACGGCAGUGGUCAUGUCAAGGGUAUCAACACCAUCCGAGUCGAGUGGACGAAGUCUGCCAGCGGUGGCUGGGACAUGAAGAAACUCGAAGAGACCAAGCAGUUCUUCCCUGCCGACCUCGUCCUCCUCUCCAUGGGGUUCUUGGGUCCCGAGGCCCGUGUCUUCGGUGACGACAUCGACAAGGAUGCCCGCAAAAAUGUCAAGACGCCCGCUGGCUCUUAUGCAACCAACGUCGAGGGCAUCUUUGCUGCCGGCGACUGCCGUCGUGGCCAGUCCCUCAUUGUCUGGGGUAUCAACGAAGGACGCCAAGCCGCUCGCGAGAUCGACCUGUACUUGGAAAACUACACCAAUCUGCCGGUCACGGGUGGUAUCAUCAAACGCACCGCCGAGGAGAUCUUCAAAGUUGCCACUUGA